AUGUUUGGUGGUUCAUCUUCGACAUUUGGGAAUUUUGGCUCCAACAAUAACACCAAUAACACAAGUUCACCAUUUGGAGGAGGCACAAACACCAACACAAAUACAUCUGCAUCUCCUUUUGGAUCAAGUAAUACAAAUACAGGAGGUGGAUUAUUUGGUGGUAAUACGAAUACUACUAAUCCUACAUCUACUUUUGGUUCAAGUAAUUUAUUUGGAGGAAGUAAUAAUGCAACAUCAGGUCUGGCAUUUGGAGCAAGUAAUACCAAUACUACAGGCAGUGGUGGACUAUUUGGUUCAAAUAACCCAACAACAAAUACAACAGCAUCACCAUUUGGACAACCUGCACAACAACAGCAACAAGGAACGUCAUUAUUUGGAGGAACUGGUAAUACUGGAACAUCUGGAUUUGGGUCAUCUUCAUCUGGUGGAGGUAUAUUUGGAGCUAAACCGGCUACUUCUACUGGUUUUGGAUUUGGAUCACCAGCUCAAACUAAUACAUCACCAUUUGGUUCAUCAACAACAAACGCGUUUGGUGCAGCAUCAACAGAUUCAAAUGUAAAUGAAGGAACAGCUGUUAAACCAUUUACUCCAUUUUCAGAAAAAGAUUCAGCAAAUAUUAAUAAUGUUUUCCAGAAUAUUUGUUGUAUGCCAGAAUAUAAAAAUUUUUCAUUUGAAGAAUUAAGAUUAAAAGAUUAUGAACAAGGAAGAAGAUAUCCACCCGCUGGAGCUACUGGAGCUACUGGAACUGGAUUUGGUACUUCUUCAACCGGAGGUUUUGGUUUUGGACAGAGUCAACCGCAACAACAACAACAAUCCGGUGGAUUAUUUGGAUCUCAAACUAACACGUCUCCAUUUGGAACCUCAUCAGCAAACACCGGAUCCGCUUUCGGUUCAGGUUUUGGUAAACCUGCUGCAUCACCAUUUGGUUCAAAUACUCAGACAUCAACUGGAUUUGGUUCAACUCAACAACAACAGUCAUCACCUUUUGGUUCAAGUUCUAAUAACUUAUUUGGAGCUAACAAACCGGCCAGUAAUACCAGUGGUGGUUUAUUUGGCUCUUCAAAUACUAAUACUGCAUUUGGUCAACAGAAACCUUCAGGAUUUGGGACCGGAACUACUGGUGGAUUUGGUUCAUCAAACACUAAUGCUUUCGGUCAGUCAGGCUCGUCACCAUUUGGACAAAGUAAUGCUCAACAGCAACAAGGAGGUGGAUUAUUUGGCUCAUCUAAUACAAGUAAUGCAUUUGGUCAAGGUAAUACUAGCGGAGGUUUUGGACAAUCAAAUACUGGAACUAAUGCUUUUGGAUCAAACAAUAGUGGUGGUGGAUUAUUCGGUGGUGGUCAACAACAAAAUACAGGGUUUGGAGCUAAACCAUCAACAGGAUUUGGCUCAACAACAGGAGGAGGACUAUUUGGACAACAAAAUCAAAAUCAACAACAACAGCCAGGAGGUUUAUUUGGAGGCAAUCAACAGAAUCAACAAUCAGGCGGUUUAUUUGGUUCAAAACCUGCUACUUCAACUGGAGGUGGAUUAUUUGGGGGCAAUACCCAACAAUCAAACACUGGUGGAGGUUUAUUUGGUGGUAAUACUCAACAAUCCAACACGUCAGGUGGAUUAUUUGGCUCCAAACCAGCAGCUUCAAGUGGUGGAUUAUUUGGAGGUAAUCAACAAAAUCAACAGUCUGGUGGAUUAUUUGGUGCAAAACCGUCAGCACCAUCAGGAGGAGGUUUGUUUGGUGGUAACACUCAACAAUCAAAUACAGGUGGAGGAUUAUUUGGAAGUUCUAAUCAACAAACUAAUAAUGCAUUUGGUGGUUCCUCAAACACUGGUGGUGGUUUAUUUGGGUCUAAACCUGCAGAAACUAGUGGUGGUCUAUUUGGAGGUAAUACAAACCAACAAUCUAACCCCGGAGGCUUAUUUGGAGGUAACAACAACCAACAAUCAAACACAGGAGGUCUUUUUGGUUCAUCUCAACAAUCUGGUGGAGGAUUAUUUGGUAAUUCACAACAGAAUCAACAACAAAAUCAAUCUUCACAACCACUGUUUUUACAAAAGACACAACAACAACAAACUCAACCAUUGGCUAAUAUCAAUUCUCAAGAUCCAUAUGGUCAAAAUCCAUUAUUUCAAUCCAUCACUGGAAAUCCUCAACAACAACAGCAACAGCAACCUUAUAGUUUGAAACCACAAGCUCGAGUAUUAAAUAAUUCCAAAAAUAAAAAACCUGUAACUUUAGGUAGUACAUCACAAAGAAUUACACCAUUAUUCAAAAUAAAUGUAUUACCAGCUAAAAAACCAAUUGAAGAAAUUCAAGAUGAAACUUUUAAAACAAAAUCAAAUAAAUUAUUUUCAUCAAUUACAGAUUCUGCAAUAAUUACAUCAGAUAUUUUUAAACCAAAUAAUAAUUUUAAAAAAUUAGUUAUGUCAAAAUCAAAUGAUGAAACUUCAAAUAAUAAUUUAUUAAAUGAUUCUCAAGAUAAUGAAACAAGACAAGUAUCUUUCAAUAUAAAUAAAGGAAUUAAUGAUAAAAAAGAUGAAAAGAUUGAAGAAAUAAAAGAAGUAAAAGAAACCAAAAAAGAUGGUGAAAUUUCAAAAACCACAACAAUUGUUAAAGAAACAACAACAAAGAAUGAUGAAAAGAGUACAGACACCGAUGAUGAAACAAAUUCAGAAGGUUAUUACACAAUUCCAUCAAUAAAAGAAUUAAAAUCAUAUCCAUUAACAAAAUUAAAAUCAAUAUCAAAUUUUAUAAUUGGACGUAAAAAUUAUGGUAAAAUAGAAUUUUUACAACCAAUAGAUUUAUCAACUUAUUUAAAUUUAAAUGAAUUAUUUAAUUUAGUUGAAUUUGAAAAUAAAUCAUGUUUAGUUUAUCCAGAUGAUGAAUUUAAACCCCAAAAGGGAGAAGGUUUAAAUAUACCAGCAAAAAUUACAUUAGAUAAUUGUUGGCCAAAACAUUUAAUUGAUAAAUUACCAAUAUUAGAUUCAAAAAAUUCAAAAUUGAUCAAAAAACAUAUUGAAAAUUUAAAAACUUUAGAAGGUAUGGAAUUUAUUAGUUAUAAUGCUGAAAAUGGUCAAUGGACUUUUAAAGUUGAAGAAGUGUAA